AUGCACAAGGCAGGGGCACAAUGGGCCCCCCCCCGAAUGCCAGAGCUACAAGAAUUCGACCCUCCCCUGGAGAUAUUUCCCCCUGGCCUCUUCCCCCGGCUCAUGGCACCUAGGGAUGCAUGCAUGCAUGCACAAGGCAAACAGCACGACCCUCUGUUGCACGCAACUGUGUCUUCGUGGAGCACAGGGCCCCUUCCCUUGGAAAAAAUUCACUCCUCCAAACGAGCAAGCGCUAGGAGCUCCUACACGUCAAGCAGUGAGGGAAAACGCAGAAGGGGGUGGCACUCCCGCGUGAAGGCAAGUGUUUUCUGCACCAACUGGGGAAACACACCGUUGAGCCUGCCGAGCAAUCUGACCCUCAAAAGGCAUGCCACACAGCCAAAGAAGGAAGCAGGAGGGAGAGCAUGCGGCCGAUACAGGGCCGGCAGCUGUACUUUGAGCUUUUCAGAAACGCGAGGAGCUUGUUCUCUUCGCUCGUGGUGGCAGGAAGAGGUGCCAGGGGGAAGCGUUCACAACGCAGGAAACCAGUGCAAACGACAGCGGGGAAGCUCUGCUGGCGCGCCUUCUCUCGCACAGUCGCGGGAAGACAGGCUUAGAGACUCUUUCAGCGAGUGCUACUGUCUGUCCCCCUCUCUAGGGGCCCUCAGCUGCAAGGCGAAUGCUUGGAUUUGGGUGGGGCCCCUUGGGGAGGGGGCUUCAGAACCCCCAAGGCGGCGGCUCUUGCGGCUACUCGCUCUCUCUAACGAGCAAGAGAAACCUCCAGGGGCCUCUUGUCAGUGCUGGAUGGAGGCUCUAGCCGUGCCGCAUCCAGGGGGGAGAGCCUCGCCUCAAGAGGGCCUCCCAAACCCGGAGGCGGCGCGAGAGGCUCCAGAUACUGCAACGUCUCCGCACUCUGAGAGGCCCCCCCACGAUGGGGCCCCCUUUUCCGAGCCCGUGCUGUUUCUGCCCCCCCACGUGCUCUCCGCCUUGGGCUUGACUCCUGGAGAAGGAUUCGUGGAGAUCUGGCAGGCUUCCGAGUUUGACUCCAGGCCCCCCUUGUCAACCCCUGCCCUUCCAGAGGCCUUCCGAAGGCUGCCCAUGGCGUCGCACUGCCAGCUGCAACAGCUCGCCGCUCCGCCGAACGACAGCUGGAAUCUCCUGGGGGCCUCUCUAGGGGGCCCCCCAGAGGGCCAGGCUUCUCCCCAGGAAAUCCACGAGCUUCUGAAUGACUUUUUUUGCGUCCCCCGCCUCCUUACCGUAGGCGACGUCUUCGGGGUGCUCCGAAAGCCAUACCGAUACGGGGCCCCCUGCUGCAGGGCCCCCUGCAACGCAGGGGCCCCUGCGGGCACGAGGCCCUUUUCAGGGGGCUGCCCUUGCUGCCUCUCUCUGCAUGAGAUAGAGCAUGCAGAGGCCUUCGGUUUGGGGCCCUUUCGGUGCGAACGUCUGGCCUCCAAGGUGCUCUUUGAGGCAGGCACAAGCGUGAACGGGGGCCCCCUGUUUUGUGUAUGCGCCUCCGAGGCUUCUGAGAGGCCUCUUGGCACAGAGGAGGCUCAAGGGAAGGGGCAGACGGACUCCUCAAGAAACUCCCCAGGGGGCCCCUCCGCUCCGCACGAGCCAUCACCGGAGGAAGCAAAGGCGGGGGCCCCCACGCUCCGGCGUCGGAGGAGGGCUUUUGGUUGCAGGGGGGGUAAAGGGGGCCCCCUCUGUCACUGGGAAGCAGCAGAUCCUCUCUUCGGCUGCGGCUGCGGAGAGACGCUGCAUCAAGUGGCAGUACUCUUCAGAGUUGCGGCGUUGGAGGGCCCCCAGGAGCGGCUUUCAUGUGCUGUUGUCGUCCGGAGAGGGACGGACUUGUUGCUGCAGGAGGCCCUUGCCAAGGAAGGGCCCCCCCCGUUUGGAGUGAGUAUUUUGACGCGUACGGGAAGCCGCGGCAGCGUGCUGCUUUGUGGGGCCCCUGGGUGUGGGGCCCCCUUCCUCGUGCAGCGCAUCUGCAACGCACUAGGCUUUCACUACGUGUCUAUGAACUGCCAUGCGCUGGCGCCUUCUGUGGCCGAAGCUGCAGCUGCAAAAGGUAUUACCCAUUCGGACGGAACCACCGCUCCUGGAGGAAACAGUCUGCUCUCCGCGGCUCUCGUGGAGGGGUCCUCUGGGGGGGCCCCUUGCAUCAUUCUGCUGCAGCACGUCUCCGCUCUGAUGUGCGACCCAGGGGCCCCAGCUUCGCGCCUUGACAGACUUGAUAGUCUCCUCGCUGCCCACCUCCGUUGGUUUCUGCGAUCGCAUGAGCAACAAGGCCCUCCGGGUUUGUUGAGGGCCCCUGUGUUAGUUGUUGGAGUCUGCGAUAGCGAGAGCGAAGGCGUGACUGAUGGUCUUGGGCCCGAGCUAAGGAGCGCCUUCGAGCUGACUGUACAGGUACAGCGGCCAGACAGAGAGACUCGAGAGGAGGCCCCUGCAGUGCGUAAGUUUGGCGCUGCUUGGGAACGCCUUGUCUAA